AUGUCCAUCAAGCGUACUGCAGAUGAAAUGGCAUCAAAACAGGUUCACAAGGUCAUUGCUGACAUUAAACAACCAUGGCAGAUGGGUCCUUUGGCUGGUUUGUUUUCAAAGCAGAAGCCAUUUUGGGAAAGACUGCAUCGUCAAAACAAGAUGACCAUGGUUGGGAUCUCAGACCAUAUUGUUGCCUCAUCGUCCAGUAGUUCAAUUCCAAAGCCAGUUCAGCAGACUGAGUUAACUGUGCAACGCAUCCGAGCGUCCAGACUGGUGGCAUCGCAAGAUGACUUUAGGCACUUGGCUUUGUCAAGGUUCAAGACGAUGGUUCUGCUGGACUUGGACUGCACGCGUUUAGGACACUUGCUUUUCAGUUUUGCAGCUGCAGCACGUUGGCAUGACUCGAUGUAUGUUGUUGCAUUGGAAUCGUCAAUGGCUGGUGACAUCUCCCUGCUGGAGGCCCUAACAUCGAAACACAAAUCUUCCAGAGGGAAGGAGCAGCAAAUGGAACUGUUGCCUUUCACUGCCCUGGGAAGGAUUACACUAGAUGAAUUUUGGGGUCGCAGCUGGGUUGAAGCUAGACAGGAAUCUCAUGCAGAAAGCUGGAAUCAUUUCUUGAACUCCUGGUCUGAGAGCGCUCAUUGCUGGGUGGAUUCAAGGAUGUCAACUGCUGAAGCGACGGGCUGGUUGCGUGAGCUUCUUGAACCGCAUGUUGGGCCUGAGCGUGCGAUCAAGCUGACAGUGCAUGGCCUCAAGGCCACCUUACUUAGUUGGGCGGCCAAGAGUACAAUUUUCACGGCAGACGAGCAACUUGCGCUGGGUCAUCAUGUGCACUCCUUGUAUCGGUCCUCUAUGAUCUAUUCGAGGGACAAUCAAAUUAAGUUGUGCCACAAGCUGAACCAGAUGUUUGCCAAGAUCAGAAAUGGACAAUUUGACCCGGACGCGACAAGAGUGGAUCGGCUUUUCCAGCUGGCUUACAAUGCAAUUUUGGAGAAUGAAAGUGCUGAUGACAGCAGUGAAUCAUCAUCAGACUCGGAUGCGUCCUCAAUUGCAUCGUCAGAUGGUGAACAUGAUAGUGUAUCGCAGAAGCCUCAUUUCAAAAGACUUGAUGCGGACAACAUGGAGGCCGAUUUGUGCCUGAUCAACACCAAUUCACAGGUGAUUCAUCUGCUUGUUUCCGAGGACGAGAAGUUUUGGUGUGGUAGACACCCAUCAGCCUCUUUCAGAAAGGCAUCGCGUGAAGAUCUGAAUACGACAGAGUCAGAUGAUGCUGCCUUGACAACCUUCCUGACGACAGCUUUAGGGGCCGCUCCAGAUGCGGCAUCAACCACGAGAUUUCGCAGGCUUUUCUUUGAAGCCCAUGCACUUUCACUGGAGGACUUGAAGUCGAGAGCAGAUAGAUCAGAGUCAAGCGAAGCACGUAUUUUACCUUUAGCAGAGAAAAUGGACAGAAUCAAUCAACAGAAGAAUCGCUUAAUAGGCAUCAGUUUUACACCUCAGUGCGAGCCUUCGCACUCACUGAUUGACAAGGUUUGUCAACAGCUGGAGGACAAUGUGGUGACGUACAUUGAUUUGCAAAAGUGUUCUUCAAGGCAAGACGAAGCGCUGCACUCCAAGGUCGACACAGCACUUGCCUUGGACAACACAGGUGGCCUGAGACUCAGCAAAAAGCAAAGGCUGGACGAUGUGAACGUUACUGGUGAGCACAAGUUGCGUCAAGCCUUCCUCAGGAGAUCUUUGGCAUACGAUCUGUCGGGCAUCGCUUCAUUCUCUGUUUUGGACCUGUGGACUCAAAAGUUGUUUGAGAAAAUGAAUGUGGCACCACUUGCCAACUAUAGGCACAUCAGCGUUGAGCAGGCCAUCAAUGCAGACAAGGAGCUUUGGGUAAAGGUUUCAAAUGAUACGCGCGGCAGCUUGCAGCCGAAGACUGGUGCAGACAAACCAUUUGAUGUCUCCUUUACCAAGUUUGCGGAGCACCCUGAAGUUCUCCAACAUUUGAAUCCUUUGCAGAGUCUUGGAGGAUACAAGAACGAUCAACAUCAGCCGUCUUCAUCAACGGGCAAGGGCAAAGGCUUCCAGCAAUCUGAUGGAAAAGGUGUCUGGGCUUUCAAGUUUAUCCGAUUGAUCACGCUGCAAUUCGCCAAGGUCAAAGUUUUCACCCUAGAUGUUUCGAAUUCAGAUCAGGCCCUCAUGAUGAGCGCACGAAGUCUUGACGUUCCUGAGGAAGAAGCUUUGGUGGAGGCCACCGCGUCCGAAGUCAGCAGAGGUCUCUUGCAGGGGCCAUAUACUGAGGACGAAAUGAUAGUGCUCAUGGGCUCAGAUGACUGGACCCUCAAUCCUAGGUUCGUUCUUCUCCAAAGAUCAAACAACAAGGUGCGUGUCACUGAUGAUGCCAAGCAAGUUUCUGUCAAUGCAUCCUACUCAUUCACCAUUAAGUUGCAGUUGCAGGAAGUAGACUAUGCAGCGUCCAUGGCAGUUGAAAUCAUGCAUGCAUCCUCUCAGCUGGAUGCGCAGUCUUAG